UAAGUUGCUUAGUUUGGAGAAAGAACAUUACAAUUCCCCAAAAAAAUCAAAACCUGAUUCACAAGUAAACCCCCUCCAAAAAAAGAGAAUCAACAGUGACUUCAUGAAUCAACCCUCCGACCCACCUUCUCCACAUUCCCUCCAAUCUCUCUCCUAUGACUAUAAAACGCACCAUCUUAUAUCGUACUCGUUUAAGCAAGCAAGCAUCAUCAUCAUCAUCAAGACUCAAGAGAGAGAGAGAGAGAGAGAAAAUGUCGGACUGGGGACCGGUGCUAGUGACGGUGAUACUCUUCGUGAUGCUCACGCCAGGGCUUCUGUUUCAGUUGCCUGGACGACAAAGAUACGUUGAGUUCGGUAAUUUUCAGACAAGUGCUGUCUCAGUUAUCGUCCAUUCUCUACUCUACUUCUCCCUUGUCUGCGUCUUCCUUCUCGCACUCAAGAUUCACAUCUACAUCGGCUAGUUUCAACCCCGUUGCUAAUGCUAAAUGUUUUCCAAGUUUUCUCUUCAGCUUUUUAACCUUUAACUAUCAUUUAUAUCCAAUAUUUUAAUUUCCAAAUUAAUGUACCUUCAUAUAUGGUCCAUUAUAACACUUUCUAUCGGACCCUUUUGUUUUAAUUUAUGUGUUUACCUUUUCUCUUCUUGUAAACGCAAUUAUUAUGGAGCUUAAAAUAAUCAUUGGCAUUA